AUGGACAUACCUCUCUUCCCACCAAAAGAUCACCACUCCUUCUUCCCUCCCCCCACCCAACCCCUCGACACCUCCACCACCAGCCGCGGCGGCGUCCCUGAUUCCACCGCCGCCGCCGCCUCCACCGACAAAUGGGCGGCGCCCCUCCUCCGCGAGUGCGCCCGCGCCAUCGCCGACAAGGACACGGCCCGCAUCCACCACCUCCUGUGGAUGCUGAACGAGCUCUCCUCCCCGUACGGCGACUCCGACCAGAAGCUGGCCGCCUACUUCCUCCAGGCCCUCUUCUGCCGCGCCACCCGCUCCGGCCCGCGCUGCCACCGCACCCUCUCCUCCGUCGCCGACCGCAGCCACAGCUUCGACUCCGCCCGCAAGCACGUCCUCAAGUUCCAGGAGGUCAGCCCCUGGACCACCUUCGGACACGUGGCGGCCAACGGCGCCAUCCUCGAGGCCCUCGACGGCGAAUCCAGGAUCCACAUCAUCGACCUCGGCAGCUCGCUCUGCACCCAGUGGCCCACCCUGCUGGAGUCCCUCGCCACGCGCCACGACGACACCCCGCACCUCACGCUCACCGUCGUCGUCCCCGCCGCGGCCGCCGCCGUCAUGAAGGAGAUCGGCCAGCGGAUGGAGAAGUUUGCCCGGUUGAUGGCGGGAGCGGCGGUGGCGGUGAACUGCGUGGGGGCGAUGAGGAAGCUGCCGCGGGGAUCGGACAGAACGGCGGCGAUCGAGAAGUUCCGGUCCCUCUCCCCGAGGGUGGUGACGGUGGUGGAGGAGGAGGCGGACUUCGCCGCCGGCGAGGGGAACUUCGUGGGGUGCUUCGAGGAGUGCCUGCGUUACUACACGGUGUACUUCGACAUGCUGGAGGAGAGCUUCGCGGCGACGAGCAACGAGCGGCUGAUGCUGGAGCGUGAGAGCGGGAGGAACAUGGUCAGGGUCCUGGCGUGCGACGACGACGGCGGCGACGGAGACGGCAAUAACGACGCCGUUUCGGAGUGGGAGAGGAGGGAGAGGGGGAGGCAGUGGGCGGGAAGGAUGAAGGAAGGCGGGUUCGCGCCGGUAGGGUUCAGCGAUGACGUCAUCGAUGACGUCAAGGCGCUGCUGAAGAGGUAUCGGACCGGGUGGGAGCUGGUGAAUAAUAAUAACAAUAAUAACAAUGGGAAGCAGGAUCAAGGGCCGGGAUUAGCGGGUGGAGGGGAUAAUAAUCUGUUUCUUAAUCAUGGUUUUGAUCAUAAUGAGGGUAAUAAUGAUCAUGGUAAUGGUGGUGGUGGUGGUGAUCAAACGCCUGGUCUUUUCUUGACCUGGAAGGAUGAGCCCGUGGUUUGGGCUUCAGCUUGGAAACCCUAG